UUGGGCAGAGGAUUGGAUUUGAUGAAGUUGGGGGCCUUUUCCAACUGCAUUCAGUGACUCUAAUUUUACAGUAUCCUUCAAAUGAAAAUGAGGGGAGCUCUUUGUCCUUUCCCCUGGGUCUGCCCUAGCUGAGCCUCCCUAGCCCAGCUAUGCAUUAUGGAUGGGGGUGAGUCACCUGGUGAAUAAUCCACGAGGCAGUGAACGUAACAGGAGAGCAGGGCUGAGGCAGUGGAAGGACUGAGGUUGGCAACCUGAGCUAGACCCCAUCCUCCCAGGGGAGAGGGGCCCAAGGUCAGGUAGAGAAUGGCAGGUAGGUGGCCCUAGGGAGAUGGAGCCAUGGGGGACCAGAGGAGCUGGCACAGACUGCUCAGCCUCCCAUUGCUGACCCACCUCUGCCUUCUGCCUCUGGGGGCCUCAGGCCAGCCCCGUCUGACCCCCAAAGCCCCUGCAGAGGAGAUUGUGUCCAUCCAGGGAGUGCGGGGUAGCUCUGUGGAGCUGACCUGUGGAUCCAGGCCUGUCCCCCUGGUGGUCCUAUGGAGCUUCACUCCCCUGGGCUCCCUGGUUCCCUGGCCUGUGGCUGUCACCAAUGGAGUUGUGUCAAAGGUGGAGGCCGGAGCCUCGACUCUGGGGGUCGUGAGUCUGAGGAACAGCAGCCUGGUCCUGGAAGAGCUUCAGGAGAGUGCCCGUGGCCACUUCCUGUGCCAGGCCCUGCACACAUCCAACAGCCAGCUCCACGCCACCUACUCCUACCUCACACUGGCCGUAGUGGUGCCUGUAUCCAAGCCUCAGGUAUGGCUGAGUGACCCAUCUCCAGUGGAAGGAGCCUCCGUGGUGGCCACAUGUGCAGUGCAAGAGGGCACAGAGCCUGUGGCCUUUGCCUGGCAGCAUCGGGCACCACAAGGCCCUGGGGAGGCCUCAGUGGGGGUCACAGAGCCGCUGCUCCGGCUGGAUCCAGUGAACCGGACACACCUGGGCUGGUACACAUGCAAUGCCCAGAACGCCUUCAGCGGGCUGAGCAGUGACAGAACCUUCCUCGAUGUCAUCUAUGGCCCUGACAGACCCAUGAUCACCGUGCAGCCACUGGGACUCAGUGAGGAGGGGUUUUGGGCCAGUGAAAGGGAAGAGGUGACCAUGAGCUGCUUGGCCGCAUCCAACCCUCCUAGUCAGUAUGUAUGGCUCCGAGACCACCUGCAAGUCCACACUGGGCCCACCUAUGUCAUCAGCAGUGCUGGCCGCACCCACACUGGCCUGUACACCUGCCUGGCUCGAAACACCCACCUGGACACCCACACUCAGACUACCAUCCAGCUCACCAUCUACUAUCCCCCUGAGGGAUGGCCUUCCUGCACUCUGCUCUCCAGCCCUGGGGCUGUGGCUUUCCUCUGCACCUGGCCUGGGGGGUUUCCAUCUGCCCAGCUGCAGUGGGAAGGGCCCCUGGGAACUGGCCCUACUGCCCCCACCAAUGUCACCUGGCGUCACCCAGCGGCCCAGCUCCACAGUGGCAGCACCUUCACCUGCAAUGGCCGGCACCCAGCUCUGGCACUACCCACCUUCUGCAGGGUCAUGCUCUGGGAGCCUCCCAGGAGCCCCACCUGCAGGACCACAGCCGCAGUGGGCAAGCAGGGCAUCGUGCUGAGCUGCGAGUGGCCUGGAGGGGAGCCCCCAGCCACACUGCGCUGGCUCGAUGGUGAGCAGCAGCCCUUGGGCAGCAGCAGCCCCUCUCUGGCUGUCCACUUCCUGCAGGCCCAGGAGGAUCUGGCUGGCAGGGAGUUCAUCUGCCAGGGCACUCACCCACUCAGGACCCCUGGCUAUCACUGCCAGCUCCAGCUGGAAGCUCCACAGCUGGUCGUGGCUGAGCCCCAGGUGUCAGUGCUGGAGGGGGGAGAGGCCUGGCUGGAAUGUGCCCUCCAGGGAGGCACACCACCUGCCCAGCUCCUCUGGCUGGGACCCCAGCAACAGCAAGUGGGGGCAGGCACCUCUGGAUUCGUGCUGCACCCCGAGGGCACCCAGCUGCUCCUUGGCAUCAGAGAUGCCAACCCAGCACACCACACUGGCACCUACCAAUGUGUGGCCCGCAAUGCAGUGGGCAGCCGCAGUCAGCACGUGCUGCUGGAGGUCCUGAGAUAUCCAGCUCCUCCCAAUGUCACCAUAAGCCGCCUGACCUACGGGAGGCAGCGGAGGGAGGUGCAGCUGCAGUGGGCCGUGGCAGGCCCCGGGGACCUGACAGGCUUCCUGGUGCAGCGCAGGCCCAGCACCGCAGGCCCAGGAGCUGGGGCUUGGGAGACGGCUGUUAGCAACAUCCAGCCGGAGAGCAGGGGCAUGCGACUGGGAGGCUUGGACCCAGGGGUCCUUUAUGCCUUCCGCAUCCUGGCUCUGAAUCACCACACAGCUGGACAUCCCUCUGAAGGGAAGAUACCAGUGGACCCCCCCUUCAGCGCCUAUCCAGCAGUGUUGGGUGCAGCAGGCACAGGAAUGGUGUUGGCAAUGGUGGCCUCUCUGCUGGUGUUCCAGUACGCUGCCCAACACCCAGAGACCUUUCCCUGCCUUGGUCAGCUGCUUGUUCCCACGGCGCAGAGACGGCCACAGAGGGGCGCUAGGGAUGGUACUGAGGCACAGGCAGGCCUUGAAAUCCUGGCCACCACCCCAGGUUCAGAUCCUGCACAACAGUCCACUGAUGUGCCAGUAAAUGUCACCAUCACAGUGACUGCAACACCAUAA